UUCACAUUUGAUUGUUUACUAUGUUGCUUGUGAAAUUUGAUUGUUUAAUUGGUUAAUUAUCCCGGUGAUUGAUUUUGGGAUCAUUCAAAUUUAGCUUUUCAAUUUGAUUGUUAACUGCUUAUUGCAAAGCUACUACCAAUUUGAUUGAAAUUGACUUAAAUUGUAGAUUUUUCAUAAUUAAGCAAGCAAUUCGAAUUGAAAUUUUGAAACUUUCCCCUUUCUCCUUUUUUGAUUAUGUUGGGAAGUUAAUUGAAAAGAGAGGUGAGAGUGAGACAAUUAAUAUGAGGAUUCUGAAGAGUAGAAGCAUCUCCAACCCGAUGUCCUGGUGAGGUGGUUACUUGUAGGUUGUAGUGAGAUAGGUAUGUUUUAUGUUUAUCAUUCAUUGUAACUCGAGUGGAUGCUCGAAUACAUAGGGCAUACAGCUUAGGUGGGCUACAAUCUUUGUAAUCUUACUUGAGAUAGUGAAUACAUUUGUUUAGGUGUUUCUUUGAGUGCAGGCAAGAGGUGCCGAACCAUGUUAAAUGUUUGUUGCCGAACGAUGUUAAUGUUUGUGUAUGCUAUUACUUUUCUUUAUGGUGUGUUUGUGUAUGUUCUAUCAAAGGUCCUUGGGUUGGGUGUGUGGGUUAAUCCUUGGUAUGUGCGAGUUUCCCCAACAGAUCGUACAUCAUGAUGAUGAUGAUGAUAUAAUAUCUUUUUAUGGUGUUUCAAUGGUUGAGCUAUGAAAUAACAAUGUAGUUUAGUUUUCGUUUCUUUGAUGAGUUUCAUGGCAAUGGAAAGAAAUAAUGGCUUGGCUGUGUUGGCAUACUAAUAGUUUGGUGCAUAUUCAUAACAAAAUUAUUUGUAGUCAAUUGAUUUCAUGCUUCAGACUUUUGUUUUACAUAUUUGUGUUCAAGAGAAAGUGUAUAAUGGGAUUUUUUUGUGUCAUAGAAAAAUAAUGAACACUCUUUGAAUUGAAUAUUAGAUUUUGUAUUUCACAGCUGUAUUGUAUCCGAACCCACAUGGUCAACUUUCAAAGUUAAGUGGCUCCAUUAAGCUAAAAAUUUCCUGAUGGAUUUAUUGAAACUCACAUGUCUCAACUUUUAAAGUUUAUUAUCUCUUCUAAGCUAAACUGCUUCUUAUAGACAAUGUCAAAUUUUUAGGGGUUUAAUUGAGUUUUGCUGUUACAUGGAUCCGCGAGAUUCUAUUAGAGCUAAUUGUAUAGAUGCUAACACUGUGUUACUGAUGUUGCCAAACAUAGAGAUUCCUCACCUGGUUCAUCUUCCGGUGAAGUGAGGUUUUCCGAUGUCACUGCAAACAGUUCACUGGAGAGGAGAAUGGAAAUUAAACAAUUUUCUAAAGAUACGCUGGUUCGAUGUAACAAAUUCCAAGAGGGUAGACCAGUCUGUUCAUCUGAGUCUUUUGAUGUUCCAAUUGCAGAAUUGGAUUCAGUUGACCUUCGCGGCAAUAGGGAUGCUUGUAUUAAGAUGUCAGAAUCUACACCUCGCGAAUCAUCUGUCAGUGAUAACAGUUCUCUUGCUGUAACCCCUGGAAAUGUUGUAUGGGCAAGAACAUCUUGUCAAAUGUGGUGGCCUGCUGAGAUCAUAGAAGAGAGAUGUGCAUUAUCUGACUGUGUUAGUGAUGGACAUGUUUUAGUGCAGUUUUAUGGAAAUCAUCCCAGUGCUUGGAUUGAUCCAGCAACAGAUAUUUCAAUUUUUGAGGAUUCUUUUGAAGAAAGGAGCAAUAACCCUUCAAAUGAUUUUCAAGAAGCUCUACAGCAAGCCUUGCAAAGAAAGGCACAACUCAGUUCUUGCCAAAAUUUGAGUCCUGAUAGGUCUGCUCAUUCUAAUCAACAAGAACGUUCAGCUGGUAAGUACACUUCGCCCAGCUCAAGCGGAACAAAAAAUGAUUCUCAAGAGAGACGAAGAGGGAAAAGGGAACGUAAGCCCAGAGUUCAUUUUGACGAAGCGACUUAUCCAAUGAAAACGGAAAGGAAGGAUCGUCGGUUAAAGAUAAUGCGGUACCUUGGCCUUGCACCUCCAGUUGGUUCUCCUUUUUGACCAUGAUUACGAGUGAAGUAAUGGAUAUUACAAAGGUUUCCAGUCUAACAGCUAUAGUUGGUUCUCCUUUUUUUUACUUUUUCAAAACCAUUAUAAACUUUCAGUAUAAUUCAAGAAAUUGCUUCUACUUCUUGCCAUUAGCAUAGUAACAACACGGUUUCGGAUGAUCUAGUCUCAUUGUUUCAUUAUUAUCUGUAAAAAUGAUAUAAUUCGUAUAAAAAUAUGAAGGAACAUAUCAUCGGUUUGUAUGAUAAAAGUUGCAUUCAUCAUA